CAUGACCAUUUUUAUUAAAUAACUUAUAUAACACAGUAUAAAUUGCAAAUCUUUUUAAUUAACGAUCACCAUUCCUCGGGAGCUGCAGGCUCAAAGUGCACAGAAAAAAUGAAGUUUGUCUCUAAAAUCUUUACUUUUCAUGCCCUAGUAUCUUCCCUGGCAUCGGCUACGUACUGCGUGCCAAAUGGGAGUUGCCUGGCGGCUUCGGACGCGGUAGCGGCGAACACGGCAGGGGCGACCACCGCCGGGGUGGCGGGAGCAUGGGCGACCGGCGCGAGGGGGGCAGCGACGUAUGGCGCGGUAGGGGCAUCCAAUGCGAUUGGGACCGCCCUAAAGUCGAUAGCAGCCUGGAGUACCGCUACGGACCUGGCGCUUAAGGCGGGGGCGCAGUGGGGUGCUACAGCCUUUGGGGCUGGUGCGUACGGCGCCGGACUGGCAGCACAGAGGAGCGCGAGCCUGUUCGCGCCGCCUGUUGAGCCGGCUGUGCGGUUGGUCCCUUCGUUCCAGCCGGCGGCGACGGGGGCGGCGGCGGCCGCUAGUGCAUACGGAAAAUAAAUAUACAAAUAUU